AUGUAUGGGAUAGGCGAGCAGGCAGUUUGGCGCGCGAAGCCGGUCGCGGCGGACGUAUCGAACGGGUGCUCUCGAGCGAGUUCAUAGUAGCCUCCGUUGUUUGGACAAGUGCUAAGUUGAUCGUUUUAUGACGUGAUACAGCUCGUUGACGUUCGGCCUGUUGGCAUUAUGUACAAAUUAACCGUUCGACUUUUAAAUUCUGUGUGUUGUUUUUGAACGUUUUGGAUUAUUUAUUUUUUUGGAGUGCUGUGACUUUUUUUGGAGUGUUCCAAUUUUAAAAAGAAUGACGCCGCAAGAGGAGCGGGAGAGUGCGCGAGGGGCGGAGAUAGCAGACGCGUUUGAGGACGAGAUGUUCGGUCCUCCGCGGACGGAGCCCGCCGCCCGGCCCAAGCUCUCCAUGAUAUCCGCCCGCCUCCGCGCCAACGAGGAGCGCAAGCGGGUCAUCGAGAUCUGCUCCCAAAAACUAGAAAACAUCGAGGACCCCGCGCGCGACCUGCGCCGCUCCGUCUGCAUCAAUAACACAUACUGUCGCUUGAGCGAGGAGGCGCGCCGCGAGAAGGAGGCGAGAAGAAGGCGCGCGCGCGAGGAAUGCGACGACUCCUGGGUGGGCAAAAAAGCGAGGCGGGCCGUCGAAGACGAGUGCCUCGCGUUACUGGACGCCAUUCCUGAGCUUGGAGACGCGAACCUCGGCUGCGCGCAGCUGGCGAGGCAGAUGCCGCGCCAGGACGUGCCCCUGCUGCCGCCGGGCCUGCUCACGGUGCUGGACUCAUGACCGCGUCGCAGCGCGUCCCUGCAUGCCCCCCUGUGAUGCGCCCCGUGCGCCCCGACGCCCGCGGGCCCGCUCGCCGCCGCCCGCGCUCGCGGCCAGCCCGCCGAGAGCGAGGUGUCACUUGUUACCCGGAACGGACGCUCUGCGUUUAGCGAAUACCUUGUUGUUUAAGAGUACUUACUUUGUUAGCGAGUUUUUUUUUAUUAUUUAGAGAAAGUUGCUCAGGCGCUGCCGAUGGGCGCGGUCCAAUUAGUGUUCAAUGAUUAUUUUUACUAUCAGAGAACUCGGAGUGCUUUGUCCGCUGUCAACGCGUCAUGUGUGAGACGCGUGUACUGAAGUUAUGGAAGUUAUCGUUUUUAUUGAAGGAUUAGCUAAUAAGCGAUAAUUAUGUUACAUUAUUGUACUUUAAAUGAUAGUGAUUUAAGAGAUAGUGCAAAACGACUGGGAACGGUUGCGUUGAAGCUCCACAAUACUCUUCGUCUAGAUGUAGGUAACGGUUUAUAUCACUUUAAACGUUAUACACAUUUGUUGUAAUCGCUAUCGCUUCGCAGCACAAACAUAGCGUGCUCGGACGGCCGGUUCAUUAUUGUGAGCCGUUCGGCGAGUAGGCAUCAAAUUACUCGACUACACUAACACGCCUCUGUGAAUGAACUGAUUCAGCGUUUAAUUACUUUCCGAAUAAAUAUUGAUGUGCCGUCGAGAGUAUAUAAAUCGUUUAAAGAAUUUAGUGAAAGGUGAAAACAAAAAUAUUGUCGAGUUUGGUGCGCGGCGCUGAUGGGACUGGCCGAGGUUGGCGCGACAUUGGGCCAAUAUACUUGGCCGCCAACACGCGAAUGCUCGGCGAUGCAUUUUAGACAAGUCUGACUUUUGAGUUUUGUUAAAUAUUAUCGCUUAAAUAAGUUUAUUUUAUAUUUUCGUUUUAGUUCGGUUACCUGAUGUCACCAUUUAUGCUUUUGUUACCAUUAUGAUAAUUUGGUUGAACCUUCCGAGUUUAGGUUACAUAAUCCACGGUUGUUGUUUAUUUAAUUUUUGUAAGAAUGCGAGAAUUUAAUAUAACCGUUAUCGGAUGUGCAAUGAGUUCGUAUUUAAUGUGCAAUUCGGAUGAACAAAAACGAAGUUCCUUUUCUUUUGAAAUCUUAAUUGUCGCAAAAUAUAUUGGUAGUGGCCCGUUUCGCCCCCUCUGAAUAGUAAAUAGGUAGGAGGGUGGGAGGGGGGAGGGGGCGCCGGCGGGCGGGGGCCUCCGCAUCGUUCCCAGAACUCCUGUGAUAUUAGCCUAGCCUGUGUGUCGUAUUUGUGCUAGUUUCCCCAACCUUGUUUGGAUCGCAAUGUAUUAAAAGAUGCUUCAAAAAAAUAAUUUCCACCUCUAUUGGCCAUUUUAUACGGAUUAACCGGAUUUUGUAGUCGUUUAACCGGCUAGUGACGCAUUUAGAAGUUUUGUCACUUAUUGAUAGUAGACAAUUGUUUUUAUAUAAUUUGCGUUUGAAUGUAUUGUUGAUAAUCAUUAUGUAUUAUAAAAUUUUAAAUGUUAAGAGCUUGUAUACACUCGCCGCAGCCUAUGUCGGGGCCGCUGGCAAGAGAUUACGACUAAGUCAGAAAUAUAAAGAACACAAACUGUGUUCUGUAUAAAUCAAUAGUUGUUAAAUUGGGAUACAACCAAAAAUGUAUUUUACAAAAUGAUUACUAUUAAAACGCACAUAUUUAAUUGUAAGUAGUUUUCAUAACGUACUGCAGACAGAGCCACGUUCAAAAGUUGUAAAUAUUAGAUGUAAAAAGCGUAUGAAUGACCAAAACCGUUUCAUCGCCGUAGUUUUAAUUUACAGCGUGGCUUCCAUGGUGUCCUCCUGAAGUUUUGUGAGAUUUAUUUAGGAGAUAAAUAAAUUAUUUUGUACCGAGCCUUUAGUUUUAGUUGUACGUUAAUUCCGGAAUAAAUUAUGUCCUACAUCGAACAUGCAAUGUGUCCGUGAUUCGAAAUUGAAAAGUCCUUUGUGCCCUGCGGAGUGGCGACAGGAAUUAAAUUAGAAAAAUUGCGAUAAAAUGAGAUAACACAUUGUUUGCAAAGCUCGUAUCUGCGAGAACAAUACAUUACCUACUAUUUCCGCUAGUUACCUCUCAGAUAAUGUCACUCUUAAAGUGUUCACCUUAAUGCGUUUAAACUUAAAUUUCCUCGUAAAUUACAGACUGUCGAAAGAUUUUCAUAGCCACCUAAAUCACUGCUAGCUAAUUUAUUUGGUUUUGCUUUUAACGAUGACUCGAGUAAAAGUUUAUAAUAUAUAAUUGAUUUAAUUAGUUUCAAACGGCGCGAAAUAAAAUGCAGUCUUAAUUUAUUCAGUGCAUUCUGAAACGCGUUAGAUCGCUUCUUAUUCGCUUUGAUUCGCGCCGAACAUAAAAAGAGCAGAAUAUUGAACACUAUCAGAUUAUUGGAUCGCACGCGAACUGUCGCCCUCCCGCUCGCACCUACGCCUAAUGACGAGAAGGAGCGACGAUCGAAUCUUUGCUCUCAAAGGAAAAAUACAUUAAUGCCCUACCGAAGGCCAAUUCUUUAUUAAUAACGAAUAAACUGUAUUUCCUGUUAAUAACGUUUCAUUAAAAUCACGAUACAAAAAUAUUGAAGCCGCUCGGAGAUUUUUCUGUUUGAAAAGGACCAAUUGCAUUAUUCCGAAAAACCAAAUUGUAAUAUCUUUUAAAAUUCAGAUUGGCAAGCGAAUACGGCUUUCCAUUUAUUUCUGUUUUUUUGUUUAUAAACUUUAGUUUUUUUUAUUCUUAGCUAGGAAUUCGAGUGGCCAGCACUUAUGGUAUCAAAUAGUAAAACAUUUUACCAGAGACUGUUUUAUCUUUAUAAGUUUUUAUGCAAUUUUAUUUCGGGCAAUAUUGAAUUCCUAGCUUACGUGAUGAUUUUAUAGCACUGGGUUGUAUUGUACAGACUUUGUGACUUAAAUUUAUAUGUUAUAACUUAAAGAUAAUGUAUUUAUUAAGUCUGUACAGCGACUUGAAGCGAGGUUUUGUUCUGAUAUGAAGUUAAGAGAAUGUUCUGUAAAUGUUAUCAUAAUUUUAUUAUUGUGAUUAGCUGCUAUUUUAUAAAUGUUUCCUGUCUUAAGCUAAGAGAUGAUCAUUAAAUAAAUAUUAAAUUGAAACAGUA